AUGUUAGUCGGGUUGAAGUCUAAAGCACCGUUUCGUUACUUUGUGUCUGGUUGUCAAUCUCAUUACCAUAAUAAUUCGGCUUGUAGAGACAAGAAGCAUACGACUCUGACGAGACGAGUGGACAAACAUGCUAAGCCCUACCCCGAACCCCAAAGUCUCAGGCUAGUGGACUUGAAAAGGACAGGAGAUCUGCUCAAACACGAAGCUACUUCGAUCCCCGCUAUUGAAUAUGAUCCAUUUAAUUUGGUAGACAACCCUUGCAUAACAAACUAUGACUCUGAUCAGUUACAAAUAUCGUUGGACUUGGAUUCGGACACUUUUUGGGUGAAACCGGCGGGUUUUAGUGAGAGAAACGAUUCAUCGAGCGUCGGAACGAUGUCCGGGAGGCUUCGGGUGGUUGUCAAGGGCAGCGAGCCCAUUGCCUUGACAAACAUGCAGACUAGGCUUAGUGGUUAUACUUGCGAAUAUGCAUUCAAGCCGGGAAAGUGUAAAAGGAGUGGUCAUGUAGAAAUGGUCAAUUCCCCGAAAUCUGGAUCAUCGUCAGGCAAAACGCCCUUCAUUCAAGAUGUUAUUUAUUUCAAUGGGCGAGCAGAACUCGAGCGGAAUAAACCCGUGUUGUUGAGACCGGGUAUCUACGAUUACAAGUUUGAGUUCAUUAUCGACUCGCGUCUCUUCCCACCAUCUACGGCUACGCACCUGGGGUCUACUACAUACCGGUUAGAAUCGUUUGUGACAGUGCCAAAGCGCUCCAAGGUAAAUGAUACUGUGCUCUUGACUUCGAGCCUCAACCUGGUGAGAGUACUUCAGCAGGAAGCUCGUGGGGGAUUUUUGGAAAGUGGCGAAUUACACACCAGCUAUAGAGACGGAUUGUUGGACUGCCAUGUCUCGCUUGAUUCCUACGUGGUCGAAUUUGAUACCCCAUUUCUACUAUCCCUACAACUGGUUCGCCAGCGAGAGUGUCAGAUUAAAUUCGUCCAGAUUGGUAUUCUGCAAACGAUCUCCGUGCCAUACAUGAGCAACGAUAACGGCCCCAUUUUGAACGACGAUUAUCAACAGAGGCAGACUUCUUUGUUGCACAGAGUCGGUGGAUUUGAUGCUGCGGCAAUGCGCUAUAAUUUGAAGAUUGGGAAUUUGACGCUGCCGCCGUCGUUGAAGCAAGGCAAGUAUGAUAACAACUUUUUUCCGUCGUAUGGAGAUUAUAAUGUGAGACUAUCAAGCACGCGCUCUUCCCGACCCAGGCUCAAAAUUUCACAUGAACUAAAUGUACUAAUUACCUUGGUCCAAGAAGAUGCAAAGAAAGCUUGUUUGUCUGUGAAGAUACCCAUAUUAGUGGUCGACAAAGAUUCGGGCAUCAACUCGCAAUUGCCGAGAUAUGAACCAUCGGGUUUGAACUUGCGCCAGUGUUCUAGUGAUGGCAGUGACACCAGUGGCGCCAGUGUUUUGUCGCCUCCGGAUUACGUAGUGGCAUGCAGCGAGGGAGGUGAAAUGAUACUUAGUUAG